UUUGCUUUCUGACGGUGGAGGUAGGUGUUUGUGUUCAGUAUUUCAGAAGUUGAAAGUUAAAUUUUCAAGUUUUGUAUCAAAAAAAUCAACUGUUCAGCAUCAUGGAAGGAGAAGCAGCUCCUGAAACUAAAGUUGAACCGACGAGCGAAAAUACACAAGAAAAACCAAAUAAUUUCAAUCGUGGUGGUGAACGCCGUGGCGGCGGCCAAAGAGGAGGAAGAUUUGGCCGAGGUGGCCAGAACCAUGGUGGAAACCAUUUUGAAAAUAGGCGUGGUAGAGGUGGGUAUGGAGGUAUUAAUAGAAACAUAAAAGAUGAAAACAAUGGUAAUGAAAAUCGCCAAGAAGGUGAAGGGGGAAAUCGUCCUGGAAGGGAUCGAGAGGGGGGCCGUGAUGAUCAAAGAGGAGAUAUGGGAGGACGAGGAGGAAGAAUGGGAGGACGCAUGGGACGAGGUGCUGAGGACAAGUUUAUGGAGAGGAUUCAACAAAUGGCUGGUCCCUCCUUUGAUGUACCGCCUGUAGAUUUGACAGAACGCAAGUUUAGCGGCAGGAACAGAUUGUAUAUAGGAAAUAUAGGAUCUGAAGUCACAGAAGAGGAUAUAACUGAACUGUUUAAACCCUACGGAGAAACCGCAGAGGUAUUUAUAAACAAGGAUAAAAAUUUUGGAUUCAUCAAGGUAGAUUACCACGCCAAUGCCGAAAAGGCUAAGAGAGAGCUUGAUGGAACUGUUUUGAAGUCUCGCAGUCUCAAGAUAAGAUAUGCUCCAAAUAAUGCUACAGUUAAAGUAAAAAAUCUCACGGGCUAUGUAACCAAUGAACUAUUGCACUACGCAUUUUCUAUAUUUGGAGAGAUCGAAAAGGCAACAGUCCGUGUUGAUGAAAGAGGAAAACCCACAGGCGAAGCUAUCGUCGAUUUUGUGCGCAAGGGAUCAGCUUUACAUGCCAUCAGAAAAUGUACAGAUGGUUGCUUUUUCCUAACAGGUUCCGUUAGACCUUGCAUUGUAGAAGCCUACGAAGUAGUGAAUGACAACGACGGUUUUUCAGAAAAGAAUAUCAACAAGAAACACCCAGGUUUCUUAAAAGAAAGAGAAAUUGGACCUAGAUUUGGUGUUGGCGGCUCUUUCGAGAAUGAUUAUGGAAUGAGAUGGAAGCAACUCUAUGAUCUUCAUGAUCAGAAAGUCGAUCAGGUCAAGAAAGAUUUAGAACUUGGAAUCGCGAAACUUGAAGCCAAAAUGGAAUUUGAAAGAUAUGAACACGAAACUGACAUGCUGAGAGAUCAAUUGGCAGCUCGCGAAUUAGAUAAAGAGCGUCAAAAGAGAGAAUGGGAAAUGAAGCAAAGACAGGUCGAGGAAGAACGAAUGAGGUCAGAAGAACAAAUGAAGCGGACAACGGCCGAUAUGGAGGCAAGAAUAAUGGCACAACAUGAUGAUCUACGCAGAAGACAGCAAGAAAAUAAUCUUUUUGUACAAGCGCACAACUUGGACUCCAUGCUUGAUCAACAAGAGCAAGCUUACGAUUCGAAUGCCGGUUACAGUCAUCAUGGAGGAGAAGGACAAGAAGAAACCAAUAUGAUGGAACUUCGAUUACAACAAUAUUCUGCACACUGGACAACAAGUUACUAAUCAUGUUGGUGAAUGGUGUACUUGACACAAAAUGUCAAAUAUCAGUAUUUUAUGGCUGAAAUUUUAAAACUAAAGCAGAUUAUUUUGGAUGUAAGGAUUUGAGAUCUUUAUUUUUGUUUUUCCAGUGUAUACGAGAAAAAUGAAGGAAAUGUUAAAUAUGCUGCUCACAUUUGAUUUCAAUAGUAAAAAUCCACUGAAAAUUGUGGAUUCGUAAAUAUUUUUAAUAUUUUGUACUUCAGUUAUACGGCUUUAGCCAUUGUGAUAUAUAAAUUAUUAUUAUAUUGUUAACCAGUUAUUAACAAAGUACAAAAAAGUAUUUGAACAAGAUUUACAGCUUGUUUUCUUAUUAUAGAAUAAUGUGAUAUAAUGAAUUUAAUAUGCCUUUUGCAUAUGUUCAUGAAUCUAUAUGAUCUGAUAUAAUUGUGAUACUACUACUACUAUAGUUUAGAUUGUUAACACUUCUACAAUAUGUCAUACUGAUUGGAACCAUAUGGAAAACUUUUUUUUUUAUUAAUUUUACAAAAAAAAUUAUUCUUCAUAAAAAAUUCUACAUAUCUGCACAAUGUCGAAAAUGGUUACUAAGAAAAGCUGAUCAAAACUAUGUUCAAAUAUACAAUUACAUACGUUUCCAUUACAAAAAUAAGUUUUGUUAUUUUUUACUAAUCUUUCUAUUUUUGAAUGAACAUUUUUUUAUCUCUUGUGAUUAAAAAAACACAUGAGAACUGUAUCGUUUCUAAAUGUUUUCAAACAAUUUUGCAUUUUAA